CGAUAGUCACAUCGAUAUUGCAAACAUCUCUAGGCGGCAGCAUUUUCGCUUGAUAUUUAAGUCUUUUUUUUACCGUAAAAAAGUAGAAAAUAGCUGCUGGCUUGGGCACGCUUAAUAAGAAUUGUUGGCUCUCGGCACCGGAAGUAGUUUUGCAUUGUUUGCCCCACUUUUAUUGAUGAGAGUGCGACGCAGUGCAGGGAACACUUUGGGACGACGCACAUGAAAAGUAUAACAUGGAAGACAUAGAAUAUCUCGACGAGUACAAAGACUUGGUGCUGCCAGGCAUAAAAGUCGCCGAUGGGCGACCGUCUGCCGGCGCCCGGCGGCGUCGUAUUUCGUCAGACUCGAGCAACUCGUCCUCCCUCGAUGCGGACAUAUUCCAAAAGCUAUUUCUUGACAAGUCCGUUGACGACGACCUGCUCAAUAUCAGCGAAGGCGCAGGCUCCAAGUCGCAAAGCAGGCGUCACCGGUCCCCCUCCUCCAGCGAUAUCUCCAACGACGCUCUGGACGCGCUGUUCAACCGGAAGAUCGGCAGAUCGAAGCCAAACAAGCGUCGCGAACGGCUCUCGUCGUUGGAUUCCGUGGACGAUUUGGGCCAAGUCCUAAUGCGUUCAACCCAGCGAUUGACUGUACCCAAGCCCAGCACUUCGCAGGCGAGAGUGAAAAAGUCGCGCAGUGAUGCUUUGUACAGGAGCAGCAGCAGCAGCAACAGCAGCGCCCGCGGAAAGUCAUCCAGCAGGAAGUCGAAGCCGCCGGUGACCGCGUCGUCCGGCAAAGGAGCCGCUGUUGCUGCUCCUAGUCUCACUGGAAAGUAUAAGAAUCCGAGCAAGCCGAGCUCUGUAAACGGCAGCAGCAGUGCCAGUAAGGGCAAGGCGGUGACCAUCUUGAAGGCCCAGAAGACAGACCUAAAGCCGCCAAAGCACGAGCCCAAAACGGAUCCCUUAAAUUUGACAGAGUUCUUUGAUGACUCGGACAGCGAUUCGUCGUACACAUACGAGUCGGACUUCUUCGACGAUCUCGAUUCGGCGGACGAUGACGCCGAUCCAAUCAUCGAUAUAUCAACGGACACAAGCCGGACCACAUCGGUGGCGGACACCGUGACACCUGUUGUUUCCGACGACGAUGGCCAGGAGCCGCAGCGGGAGCAGGAUGAGGAGAAUGAGCAGAAUGGGAGGAGUCAGUCGUCGUUAAUGAACAGCGUCUAUGAGCGCUUGCAGUCUUAUUUGAAUAAUCUCAGUUGCGCAGAGGCGCCGCCGAUCUAUAAGAAACAGAGUUUUGUUAAGAAACCCCGUUCCAGCGAAAAGAAACCUACCUCCCCCGAACAGGUUAAGCAUGCUAAAGAGCGAUCAGCGGCCAGUGGAAAAGUGCAGGAGGAGAAGGAGCGCGACCAGGAAUGUGAGCCAACGAAGGCCGCCGGCAGCUCCCUUUCCUCACCUGCGAAAUCUGCAGGCCGCAGCACAAAUUCCUUGGAGGAAAAAUCUAGCACCAGUGCCAGUGGCAGUCGCAGACUGUUCGAAGUGGAUGAUGGCCUUACACUUGAGACGCUGCAGCGCAUGAGCCAAGACCUGGCUGAGCAGAUAUUGGAGAUCGAUGUAGAACGCUCGGUCGAGUAUCAGAAGCGUUCCGGCUCAAAGCAUCGCAGCAGAUCCAUGUCCAAGAUCUCUGGAGAACCGAGCAGAGCCUCCGAUCUGGCAAGUCGUCACGGUCGCAAGCUCACCUACUCCAGCGACCGCCUUGACAACGGAUGCGAGUCAAUGGGAACCGAGCUGCGUAGGUCGAGGAGUGAGUCAGCAUUUUCCAAGCGCAGACGCCCUCAAGGGGAGAAACAGCGUAAAACUCGAGCUGCCACCGACGAGGACAAUGUCCUCAGUCGUGCCAAAGAAGGACAAGCGGGAGAGCUGGUCAAGAGGAAACGCGGCAGACCCCGUAAAAAACAAACCAUCAGAAAAUCCCUGCAAAAAUCGAAAAGUGCUGAAAAUGUGCAUGAACCCGUGGCCAAAGAUUCAGAUGUUAUAGUGGAAACGAGUGGAGUAGAAGCGGUCAAGGAGCAGGAUUUGCUGGGAGAGCAGAAAGCGACCGAACUGAAUUCAGAGUUAGAAAAAGCCAAAGAGUUUGCAGGAUUUUUAUCCCAGGACGAUAUUAGCGUGUCAUCAUGUCACCAAGAAACCGAUCUCAAAAAUGCCCCGGACAGGAACUCGUCCAUAGAAGAAGAUGCAGAGCGAAAUCUCAAAAAGAAUCCAUCAUCAACAGUGUACACAUCAACCGAAUCGUUUGACACGGCCAUGGAUACCAGCGAAAUAACCGAAAGUGUAACCCAGUCUCAAGAUGCGGAAAAUAAAGAGUGGGUAACACAACCAGAGACAAUUCAAGAGGAUCAUAAUCAGAGCAACGAUGCAACAAUGGCCAUAAAGGACCUGGAGGAAAUCGAAAAUGCCAUUGAAACGGCAGGGGACAUUGCAAUGACGCCCGAACUCGCCGAUGCAUUAGACGCCUCUUCUAAGGUGGCAGGAAAUAUGCUCGAGGAGAGUGACUCUCAGCUAGCUGAGGACAUUAAAUUGGCGGAAGAGAUCUUGGCUGCUGAAGUGGGAAAAGGCAUGGAGGUGACUGAGGAAGCGGCGGCAACAGUGGUCGGAGAUCAAAAUCCAGUCAUUGAUAUUGUCAAGGAAUUGGAGCAGGAGAUUGUAACGGAGGCUGUUGGAAAUUCGGAAGAGCUAGCUCCAUCUGAAAGCCCAACCGAAGUUGAAAGAGAAUCCGGUCAAUCGCCUGUUAAAGGACAAUCCCCAGCCAAGGGUAAAUCUCCAACUAGGGGUCAAUCCCCAGCUAAGGGUCAAUCCUCAGCUAAGAGUCCAUCCCCAGCUAAAGGACAACUUUCCGAUAAAGAGAAAUCACCAGCUAAGGGCCAAUCCCCAACACGAUCCCCAACGAAAAGCCAAUCCCCAGUUAAAGAUCAAUCCAUCGCUUUAGGGCCAUCUUUAGCAGCUGAACAGUCUCUGGAAGAAAGGCAAUCGACAGAAUCCGAAGUUCAAGAACCCUCCGAUAUUGAAGAGCAAUCAGAAGCUAAAGAAAAACGUCCUGUUAUAGAGGACCAGACACCCACAAAGAACUCCAUGACUGAAGAUACUGAAGAUUCUCUCAAGUUAAAUACUCCAAAUAAAAAAACAAAUCUCUCAUCACCAGCUAAAUUCAAAGAACUACGAGAAGCUGCUGAAAGUUUGGUUGCUCGCCGAGCUCUUAGAUCGGAUAAGCCAGAAUCCAAACAGAGUACCCCAGAGAGCACUCCAACUAAGCAAACGCCGCGCAGAAGCCGUGGCAAGCUUUCGCUACGAAGUGAAUUAACUCUCCUCAAAGAUGAUUCCUCAAGGCGCAGCAGUCCCAGGCUAGGAAGGUCGCCAGCUGAAAGCCAUUCCUCCCAGGAAAGCUCCCAGUUAGCCAAGGAGACUAAAUCGUCUACAGUUGAGAUUGAAUCGAAGGAUAAGAGUAUGACAGAAGACAGCAAUCCAGUGAAGGAUGUACCAGUGACAGAUGCUACGCUAUUGGGUGAAGAAAAGCCAAGUUCUGAUGAGACUGAUGCGAAAAUGGUGGAUGUGAAGCCUUCAAGGAAGAGGGGCAAAAAGAAAAAGGUUAUGGCAAAGCCAACCAAAGAGCCUCCUCACAUUUCCAAGUUAAUUGACGAGCAAUCGACAUCCAGUGAAUCGGAACAAAAAGAUAAGCCAGCAGAAGUCCAAGCUGGUGAUAUUUCAGAGUUGCCUGCAGAACAAACUAAAGCGAGCGAGUCGAAAGCGGAAAAUAUUGAUGAAAAACCGUCCAGUUCCAGGAAGUCUAGAUCCCGCAGAUCGCGAUGGGACCAUGGCAAACCGGAGAGCAAUUCGCCCAUCGAAAGUUCAGAAGUCCAAAGGGAGAAAAUUCAAUUGAGGACUAGCCAAAGGGAAAGCGAUUCAAAUCCAGAAACGAAAGUAGAUGGUGCUGCUGGCCAGGACGAACAAAUUUCAAGUAACAUCAGGCGUGGCGGCAAGUUAAAAACGGAGGCAUCACCAACCCCUGCAAAGACGCACUCUUCCAGGGCUAGGGGAACCACAAAGGAUAAGCCCGAAGGGAAGGAAAGUUCCAUGGACAAAAGUGUCAAAUCUAAAAGUGUGGCCAAAACUCGUAAAAAUAAAUUUAUGAGAGAGCAGCGAGUGGACGAUAGCACAGAUCAACCCGAAACUGAACCUGAAAAGGCCUUGUCAGAGGCAAGUUCAAGGAAAAUGAAUCCCACGUUGGAGAGUAAAGCAGUUUCAAAUAGCGCUGAUCCUGAUCCUAUUGCAAAAGAAUUAAGGGAGAAGGACCUUAAGGAAAAGCCAAACAACCCCAAAGAAACCACCAACACUGAUACUGAGGAAGAUGUGGAUGUUGAAACGAUAUCUCGCACAGUUUCCAAUGAAAUUUUGCCGCCUUCUAAGGCUGAAUCGGCUGAGCUAAAAGAUAAGGCCGGCGUUACAGGAGUAAAACGUGGCAGGAUUAAAAAGCGCAAGGAAGCUAUUGCCGUUGAGGACUCUGAAGUAGAUACACCCUCCGAAAUGGUAGAAUUAUCCACCACCGAAACCGCGGAUAAAACCCAAAUAAAAACAACAAAGAAAAACCAAUCUCCAACUCUGGACACAGAGCCAAUACCGCCACCGGCUGCUAGUAGGGAAUCUGAAAAAGAAGUGGUAGCCUCUGGGUCCCAGCGAAAAUCCAAGAAAAACAAACGUAAAUCUGCCGCAGCGACCUCAGCUUCAGCCACAGACUCUGAAUCAGUUUCGAUAACAAUUCCAGCGGAACCUAUAUCCCAGAAUUCAGAACCAAAGCCAGAGGAUAACAAAAACACCAGCAGCAACAGCCCCUCAAAUGUACUCCUCAAAGAUAAUAUCUCCGACGAGGUUAGCAAUUUGGAAACUAAGCGAAAAACUCCCAGCUCUUCCCUGCCUUGUCGCAAGCUUCGGGUUCUUAUAAAAAGAACUCCCACUACCAAUUUGGUGACUAAAGGUAAAAAUAUUCGCAAAAAAGGGCCUUCCAGCAAGCGAAAGAAAAUUAAUAAGAUGCUGGAGAGCAUAGAUGAAUGUGUAGUUCCCGAUCAGCCUAACUCUGAGUCCCAACCUGUCUGCGAAUCUCCCAAGUCUGACAAUAUUCCUAAUCCUGUUGAAGAGGAAGUUUCUAAGGAAGCAACCGAAAAAACUACAUGCGAUGGUCAAAAGGAUGUUCCUAAAAAGGCGAUAGAUGAAGUUAAAGAAAAAGUUCCUAAAGAUACAGCAGUAGAAGAAGUUACUGAUGUUGAGGAGAAACUUGAAAAUAUAACUCAGGAGCAAGAAUCUACUGAAGAGACUACUGUCAUGCAAAAUCCUGAGAAUGAAACCCUUAAAUUAUCAAGAAGCGAUGAUCAAGAGGAUACCAUUGAGAAGGAAACUCACGAAGCGGAGGAAUUCCACAAAGAGGAGGAAGUCCACAAAGUGGAGAAAACUUGUCAAGACGAGGAUACUUCUAAAAGCAAGGAAACUCCCGACGACAGGGAAAUACCCAUCGACGAGGAAACUCCCAUCGACCAAGAUGUUGAACCCUCAGAAGAACCUCUUAGGGAGGACUGCACUGAUCCAGACCCCACCAAAGAACCCGAAAAUGCUCCUGCCGAAUCCACUGCAAGUCCAACUCCAGAUCCAAUGGAAACAGAAACAACAGGUGUCACCGACGUCGCCCCCGAAGCCAGCACUAAAAGCAGGGGGAAGCGUGGUACGCGCAAGCGGGAAGCGGAUUCCUCACAGUCAGAUGAUGCCGCCAAAAAAAAGCUGGUCACUGCAUUGAAGUCGAGGAUUGAGAAAAGAAAGGAACUUUUUAAAAAUUUACGCCGCCGUCUUCAACCGGAAGAACUGGAGCAUCCAGCCAUUAAACGUGCUAAAGCUGACUCUGGAACUUCCAAGCCUAGCGAGAGGGGCAAGACCAUAUCCAUGAUAGGCAAUGAAACCAUCAUGACCUCGCCAGCAAAUGAAAUCGGAAGCGAUCAGCCCCAGACAUCGCAAGCGGCAAAGAGGACUGCUGCCGCUACGAAGGGAGGCAAUUACGCGGAGACCACGAAACAUGUCAUCAUAUCAGCUCCUGGCAAAAAACAAGUCGAUGUAAGCCCAACCAAGAAGCCUAUGGUACAGACCCUGCUGAGUUCCACUCUCAAUUUGCGCAAACCUUUGCCGGGAGAGGAUUCCGGUUCGGGUUUGCCUGUUUCUGGCCGCAAAUCUCUGGGCAAGUCUGAAGUCGAAGCGAGCAAGGCCAAGAGCCAGCCGACCCUCAACAGCUCCCUUGUUGUCACUAAGAAGGCCGUGCUGCCAGCCAGUAAGAAAAGUGAAUCUCCCACUAAAGAAGAUAAAUCGACGGUGAUUGCUCCCAGAAAAGUUAAUAUAUCCGUUUCACUGGUUCCUUCUAAGGACAGUUUGGCAAGUACUUCUUCUUUGAGUAAAUCUCUGGAGACAUCACCGGUUUUGCCCCGAAAAGUGCAGUUGGUGGAGGCACAAAAGACGGUCCGUAAAUCGGAGGCAAAAAAGAAAGUUGACCCAGAGACUCCAGCUGUAACCGCCUUGGAUAAAAACAAACCGAAAGUGAUUCCAAAACCGACAGUGGCUGUGGAUAAUACAGCAAAAAAAAUGGAUGCUCCAGCCAGAAAAUCGCUCCCAGUGGAGGUGCCCAAAAAGACAGAAACCAGAAAGUCGGAGGGCCAGUCAUUGAACUCUCGCAAAGCUCCACUAAAAGCGGAAGCAGCCAAGAAAACUGAGACCCGUAAAUCUGAGGGGGCUUCACUUGGUCGGAAGGUACCACUGGCCAAGGAAUCGGAACAGCAGAAAUUGGAAUCGCCUGAAUCGGAGGAAGUUGCUGCCGAUACUCCAGUCGUAGCGGUGGCCAAGGAUAGCGAGACAGGCAUAGCUGAGCAGCGGAAAGAGUCUAGUGCCACAUCUCGCAUGGAGAAACCCACUGUGGCCGUUACUCCGCGCACCGUAAGCAUUGCCAAGUCAAUUCACAUGACCCGAGCUGCAAGCAGCAGCAGAUCCUUGGCUCCAACACCGACUCCUUUAAAUCAAGAGCAGCAAACUGGUUCCCUUAUUACAUUACCCACAACCCAAACGCUACCACCGAACAGAAUUCGUAAAAAUGGACGCUUUGCGCGAAUUUCAGCCGCAACGAAACGAAAGGCUCUAGAAGCGGCCGAAGCGAGCAUGCCCAAGCGACCCAAAGAGGAUCAACAGCAGCAACAAGAAGAAGGUCCUGACCAGGAGCACCAAUCCUUGGCUUUUCCCGUGAAAAUAACAGCUGUCGGUUUGGCACAGCCAGUGCCAAGUGGCUCGAAGGCAUCACUGGUUUCCCAAAAACCAAUUCCGGAAGUUAAAAAGCCUCGUAAACUUCGCAUCAGAGUUAAUCGGCAUGUGGUCAGCCAAUGGCUGAAGGACCAACGGAAGGAACGUCAGGAAUUACCUAAGAGGACACCAGCGCCAGCAGAUGAUAUGGCUUCUGACACAGAGUCGGCGGCGGAAUCAAUGUCAGAAUCGAUUAAUAGUUCUUGUCCAGAACCGCCGGUGGCUGCUUUGAUGCCACCAGUACCGCCAUUGGUGCCGAUUCGAGGUAUUGUGGUGCCUCCUCCGGUUGUAGCAACAAAAAAAGCAGCUUCAACAGUACUGGCACAGAUUUCGGUAACCUCUGCUCCUGCAGCACUGGCUUCUGUACAACCUGCUCCUGCUCCACCUGCUUCUGUAAAACCUGCUCCUGCAGCACCUGCUGCUGUAACAGCAGCUCCUGUAACAGGUGCUCCUGUAACACCUGCCCUUGUAACAACUGCUCCUGCACCACCUGCUUUGGCUCCACUUGCCUCGACACCACCGCUUCCAUCUGUACCACCCACCCCUCCUGCACCAGUGCCAGCUUCAGAACCCAUAGAAACCCUGGUUGUUCCUCCCUUGAAUGCAGAAAAAGUUCCGAAAGAGGUGAUACCUUUGGAGGAUGCCCGAAGGCUGGCCGCUUUAAAGAAGGUUCGGAUAAACACCACCCUACCCAUGCCACUACCAGUACCCAUUGCAGUGGCGGAAGUGAAAUCAGAGCCCGAAGAUAAUCCACCAGAGCCCAUGGAAGGGGAUUGUCAAGAAGCAGUGCCUUUGGAUGGUGCUCCACCUGUGCCGCAAGCACCGCUGGUUGCAGAGGGUACACCGCCAGUGAUGAGUGCUUCUACUUCCGCUGAGCAUCCUGUGCCCAAUGAAAUUCCCUCGGCGAAUGCAGCCGGUAACACCGCAAACUCCUUUGGCCACACGAAGAUGUUUUCGUUUCUUUACCCAAAUCGCCAUUCGGGAAAUUACGGCGAAGUGGGCCUGGAUUUCUGCUGUCCGAAUCUAGAUGGACCGAUGCCGGCCAUUGAUCCGACGCGCCUGCAUGCCAAGGUUGAGGCGCCAGUGCUGGAGAUGCCGCAGUUCCUGGUCAUCACCACCAAGUUCAUAUCUAAGGCGGACAAGAAUAUCCCGAAUAAGGUGCGUGCCAAGCUGGAGCUGCUGGGCAAAGAUAAGGAGCUAAGUUCCAGUGAACGAAGCACUACUAUUCCUGAUCCUCCGGCUCUGGCUGCUUCGGCAUCGCCCGUGCCGAUACCGCAGAGUCUGCCUGCGGCUCCGCUCCGUCAACCAGCUGCCCCACCUAUGGCAACAUCGUCCAGCACACGUACCCCUGCUGUUCCCGCAUCAUCUAUUGACUCGCUGACCAAGCAGCUGCCACGCGGAACCACACUGACCAAGAAGGUACUGCCUCCUGGGGCACCGGUACCGCCGCCAACAGCUAGCGAGUCGAUGGCGGCCAGUCUGCCGCUGUCACUCAUCCAAUUGCCGAUUCUCUGCCCGGCAGACCAGCAGCGCACAGAGCUGCAGACGCGGGUUCAGGUGUUCGAUUUAGUCCUUCAAGCCCUUAGUCGGCGAGUGGCCAAUUUGACGGUUGCCGAGCGACAGCGCACCAUCGAGGAAAUGGUGAAGACCAGCAGCCUAAUGCCAAUCGACGUGGAUGUGGGCACCAAGCUGCUGGAGAACUAUGUGCACUAUGUGAACAAGGCCACCAGCAGCGCUACCGUGUCUCCUCUACCUCCUCCCCCUGCCAUACCGCAGCCAGAGGCAGUAGUGAUCCGGAAACCCGUGUAUGAUAUGGCAAGAAAUGUCAUUGGCUUCAAGAACGUCACUUCUCCGAAUUUAAAAGCCAAUGUUGCGACCCCCAGACGAAAAACUGCUCCAGGUUCUGCUCCCGCGGCUACCAGCACUCCGCUAGCAGCAUCUACAUCGUCAUCAGCGGCAGCAGCAGCGAGCGCAGGUUCUAGAUUUGUGGAAAUAGACAACAAAACCGUAAAAGCAAGUCAACGGCAGAUGAUCACCGUUAGGAAGACUCCACAGAGAUCGGCAGUAAAGGGUAGUAUUAUUGCGAUUAAGGCCGGGGCCAAAGUUAGGCCAACAAAUGCGCCAGUGGGCAAGGCAGCAUCUCCUGCUAACCGAGGGCCUGCUGCAGGUCCUCGACCUAUCAGUAAGACGCCUGCUACGCGAGGUCCUGCGCCUGUUAAACCAACUGCGACUGCGGUUUCUGCUCGCAGCGUUAGCUCGGUACCCAUAGUCGCACCAAACUUGACGCGUACGACCAACCCGAAUGUGUUUAUUAUUAAUCAAGCCUCGCAUGUGGAGGAGAGCAUCCUGCCCGAUUCGAACAACGUGGUGGCACCCAUUGGAGCAGAGAUCAAGGGUGAACUGGAUGACUCCUCGGAGGCGAUAAUAUAGCGGAAACGUCAACCUUGAACCAGAUGGAAAGUAUUUUAAGUUACUUUAACAGAGUUAAAAGCUACGUUGAAUUAAUUAUUUCGUUGAACGCAAGACCAGAAUUUUGUAAUUUUAUUAUGAAGAAUUAAAAGUUAAACCAUUCGCACCAUUGUGUAAUAAAUCGGGAAAUAAAUGGAUAAUAUUUAA